ACGGAGUAACUGAAUCAAACUGUGCUGUCUCAUAUUAGCAGUGAGAAGGACGCGUAGACUUAAAGUUUGGUGCUCCAAUGUCAGCGGAGAACUUGGUGGCAGAAAAGUUAUUAUAAUAUAAAGAUGGCAGUUCAGGCUAAAUAAUUUAAAGGAGGAUAUUGUAACUGCAGAAACGAGGUAAUCAUUACAUGAUUAAGGUUCAGGAAUGAAUGAGUUUUACUCCAUGUUACAUAUACUGGGCAAAAGUCCAAGAAAUCUGAGUCAGUGGUGUAACACUGGAAGAUGUAGAACACCCUAUCAUGCGCUGUAGUAAAUAAAAUUUAGAAGGGGAGACAUUUAGAAAUAUAGUACAUGAGACAGGGCAGGAAUAGGGCUUAAAAUCACUACUGAGCAGAGAACAGGACUUCAGAAAGGGUUUGAUAGGUUAUAAUACAGGCAGGAUUAGUAAGUAGGGUGUGGUUUUCCUUUGUCUUGUUGUUUUUUUUCUAUAGAACAAUCAGUAUCCAGAUGAUCUAGUGCCAUGUAUCUGUGCACUCCGAUACAGUAGGUGGCGGUAUGCACCUUCAAAGUUGGUUUGCGACCCGCCAAUAAACACAAAGUAGAAGAAUAGUGCCUGUGACGUCAUCCUCGAGCGACGGUCUAGUCUUCGGAUUUCACCAUGGCAGAGGCAGAAUCAAAAAAAGUCAUCAAGUUAGUUCCUGAGUAUCUCUUGAAAAAGAGGAAAGCAUACCAGGCAAUUAAAGCCACACAAGCCAAGCUUGCACUGCUUGAAAAGAGAAAGGUAUCAAAGGGCAAACCGUUGAAGUUCAAGCGUUUGGAAGAUUUCUUGAAAGACAGCCACAAGAAGCACCGUGAUGAAACUCGCAUCCGGAGAGCUGAUCACAGGCCGGCUGCACCUCUGCCUCCUGCUAAGAACAGACUGGCCUUCGCUGUUCGCAUCAGAGAGAUUAAGGGUGUCAGUCCCAAAGUGAUGAAGGUGAUCCAGAUGUUGAGACUGAGGAAGAUCUUCAGCGGGGCCUUCGUCAAAAUCAACAAGACCUCUGUAGCCAUGAUGAAGAUGGUGGAGCCCUAUGUGGCGUGGGGAUUUCCCAACUUGAAGUCUGUUCGUGAGCUCAUUCUGAAGAGAGGACAGACCAGGAUAGGCAGGAGGAGGGUUCCUCUUACUGACAACACCUUCAUUGAGCAGCACAUGGGUAAACAUGGCAUCAUCUGUUUGGAGGACCUGAUUCACGAGAUCUACUCUGUUGGUAGGGGCUUCCGGGCCGCCAACAACUUCCUGUUGCCUUUCAAGCUGUCAGUGGCUCGUCAUGCUGCCAGGGACAAGGCUGGGCUCCUGAAGGACCUGGGAAACCCUGGAUUCCGUGGCACGGACAUUAACUCCAUCAUCAGACAACUCAACUGAGGAGGAACACGAAAGAUGGACUCUCGGCAGCAACUUCAAGGAUAUUGUAAAUUGGAUAAGACCAGAGUCUUUUCUAAUUUACAUUUAUUUGUAUAUCCGUUCUCUGGUUACAUUUACAGCACACUGAGAGUCAUAAGGAGGACUUCAAAUGUAGACUCUUGCCUCAUCCGUGUUGUUUUUGUCUUUGCACUCAUGGUUUAAAAAUGAUAUCAUGUAGUGCACCUGACCACAGACUGAUGGAAGCAGUUGGGCUCUUUGGUGAUAAUCUAACAAUAUUUUGAAUCAUCUGUUGACAUGUAAAGUAUUUUUAUGUGAAAGGACUCUUGAUUACUACACACGAUAUUCCCCAGACUGUGAGGAAUAUAUUUACUUUAUACUUGCAACCUAUGCAAGGACAGUCAUUGAAUAAUUAGGAUUGGCUGUCCUGCAUGCAGGAGCCACCAGUCCACCUAAAGCAAAUUCUUGAACUCCAUUUAGUAGUUUGCAGUAUCAAAAGAUGUAGUCAAAAAAUCCUGUUUAAAACUGAUUCAUUCAUUGUUAAUAAAGUUUUUGUUUUACAAUAAA